AUUGGUGUGAAAUGGUUCAAGGACAAAGCCUCCGUCUCAUCUCAGCUGCCCCAGGUCACUGAAUGGCGGGAGAAAUCCUACAACAUGUCCAGCAAUGUGACAGUGGUCCUAGAGGAGCGGGACGUCCUCUCACGGCUCAUCUGUGAGGUGCAGCACUCGGCAUCACCGACCUCGCUGCUGGGGGUCUACCAGCUCAGCAGAGUCCUGAGAGUUUCCCCCAGUGUCGAUGUGAGCGCUAACCAGACGAGCCCCGUUGAGGUGAACAAGACCAUGAAAUUCACCUGCCACGUGAAGGGGUUUUACCCAGAAACUGUGGCUGUUUCCUGGCUGGAGGACGGGGUGAAGAUAAAGGAGGAGAAGGACUCCCGGCCGUCGGUGUUCCGCCAGGGCUUGUUGGAGCUGAGGAGCCAGCUGGAGGUGCAAGCGACAGAAGAGAAGAAUGGGUCCAUGUUCACCUGCCUGGUUGUCCACGAUGCUCAGGCCCCUGUCAACCAGUCAGCCAUCCUGUGGAUCGCCAGCCUGGACCAGCAGGGACUGAGCAAGGGGUCCCAGAUAUACAGUGGCAAUUUGCUCAUCUACAUUGUGGUGGCCGUGGUCUGCUUGGUGCUGGCCCUGCUGGUGGCUGCAAUUCUGUACCUCAUCAGGACAAAGCAGAUGAAGGGUAAAAGCUCACCAACUGCCAGGUGA